AUGCAAACCUCAGUGACGAUGAAUCCACGAGCAUCGGAUGAUUCCGGCUCUUCCGAUGUCGACGCUGAGAUCAGCGAUGGAUUUUCUCCGGUCGAGAGAGACGUCGAAGAUGAAGGUUCGUUGCUAAAGAGAGCAGAAAUGUACCAAGCUUACAUGAGUCUAAUUCCGAUCCCGACGAAUCGCGGCUCGUUGAUUCCGUUCACAAGCUGGGUUGGAUUAAGCGUUUCAAUCAAACAGCUUUAUGGCCAACCAUUGCAUUACCUCACGAACGUUCUCUUGCGACGCUGGGAUCAAUCAAGAUUCGGCUCUGAUUCUGAAGACCAGAGCUUGGAUUCGAUCAUUCAUCCAUGUAAAGCUGAAGCUACAAUCUGGCUCGUUGAAGAAAUCCAUCGAUUCACUUCUUCUCAUCUUCAAAUCGCUCUUCUCUGGGGAUCUGAUCCUACUUAUCACUCCUUGAUUGACCCAAUCUUCCCCAAGAUAAGAUCAUGA